AUGCUCGGUAUGAACAGUGCGGAUCAGACGUCAGCCACCACAACAGCUAUUCCUCCUGCUCCAACAACGAUGCUACCUCUUUCGAAUGAUCAAGGUCCGCUUGGGAAAUUGAUGGAACAAUGUAGUCGUCUUAACGCUAAUGUGAUUCUUGAUAAGCUCGAGGCAAAGCCCACAGUUGAUAAAUCUCCCAGCACUUCCGAUCCCACAUAUCCACAAUAUCAGCACUACUGGCCUGGAGCUCCAUGGUGGGAUCAAACGGGUACAUGGUCUUUACCGUAUACAUCAGUGGAUGCUUACUCUCCAUACUUGUCUUCCCAAUUGGGACUGCUAUCCUCUAUGCCACCGUCGACAUCGUCGUUGAAUCAGCGACUAACCAUCGGAAAGCAACCGACGACAUCAGCUGGAGGUGGAAAAUUUCCGCGAGGCAACUGUGAAUGCCCGAAUUGUCAAGAGGCUGAGCGAGUAGGUAAGACUGAGCUGGAUUUCAUUGAAUUUUUUUGA